UUGACAGGCAUCCUGCCUCGGUCUGUGCGAGGCCGGGCGAGUUUCGGCCAAUGGAUCGGUGAGACUGAACGCGGUAGGCGUGCCCAGUGUUUGCGUCAACGGGAGGGGCGAGGGAGUGGAGAAGUUGCUGGCCGGCUGUGAAAGCAUCAAUGGCGGCCAGUUACCCGUAUGGACAGGGCUACCCUGGAUCUGCAGGACAACCACCAGGAGCUCCCCAGGGGGGCUAUCCUAGUGGCCAAUAUGGAGGAGGGCCACCUCCUGGGGCUCCCUACGGUGGAGCAGCACCCGGUGGUCCUUAUGGGCCACCAUCUAGUGGAGGACCAUAUGGACAUCCAGCUUCUGCCCCCCCAGGAAGCCUGUAUGGAGGAGGUUCAGCACCAGGAGGACCUUAUGGGCAACCAUCUACUAAUCCAUAUGGCCCCGCUCAGCCUGGACACUAUGGGGCAGGAGGCCCUGGGGCAGGUGCUGUCCCCCAUGGCGUGGACCCGGAAGCCUUCUCCUGGUUCCAGAGCGUGGAUAGUGACCACAGUGGCUACAUCUCCCUCAAAGAGCUCCGGCAGGCCCUCGUCAAUUCCAACUGGUCCGCCUUCAACGAUGAAACUUGUUUGAUGAUGAUGAACAUGUUUGAUAAAACAAAGUCUGGGCGGAUUGAUCUCUAUGGGUUCUCAGCUCUGUGGCGCUUCAUCCAGCAGUGGCGGAACCUUUUCCAACAGUAUGACCGUGAUCAAUCAGGAAGUAUCAAUUGUAAUGAGCUGCACCAAGCACUGUCUCAAAUGGGAUAUAAUCUGAGCCCCCAGUUUUCCCAGCUGCUGCUGUCACGGUACUCCCAGAAGGCCAACAGCCCUGGCAUCCAGUUGGACCGCUUCAUCCAGAUCUGCACCUUGCUGCAAACCAUGACCGAAGCCUUCCGGGAGAAGGAUACCAGCAUGACAGGCAAUGCACGGAUCAACUACGAAGAUUUCCUUACGAUGUCAGCCACUCGCAUGCUGUGAUGCUGCUUGAGAUCAUGAAGAUAUUGGAGGUUUCUGAUGCUUGUAUAAAAGGAACAUUGUCAAUUCCAGCAGAGACCCAGAAGUGAGACCCUCUACAGAAGAGCAGUCGGACACUUCAUCUGGGGGAUGUUGGUGAGCGGAGCCAAAUGAAGCCCACCCCUUCUGUUGAUUUGCAUGAUGCCAAGAACUAAUCAGAUGGGUUCUUCAGAAGCAUUGUAGAAUCGGUUUGAACUGAUUGUAAUAGUUUGCCUUGAAGAAGCUCUGUUAGGGGGUGAAUGACAGCCCAGAGCCAAAAUAUGUACGCUAUGCAGUUGCACAGUGUAUACAAAAUAUGUGUGCCGUGCAGUUGCCAUUGCAGUUUGCAGAAAUUUCGCUUCUUUCUCCCUUUUCUCCCUUCCCCUAGAAGAAAAAAUGUCAACUUUCAAUCACAGUUUACUGUGGCUUCGGAAAAAGUUCUUGACUACCCUUUCCAGAGUUUGUGUACCAUAACUCAGUAAGAGUCUGCCUUGGGCAAUCUUGACCUGCUGAAGCAGAAAAACAACACCGAAGGGAGACCAUGUUUGUGUGUGUGUGUGUUCUGUUUUUGUGAGAUACAUUGGUGCCUGACAGCACUGGAGAUGCCUGUAUUGCUUGACACACAUAUUUUACUCAAUGUCCCUUUUUGUCAUUAAGCAGUCAUAAGAUUAUUGGCCAAGAUUCCUCCAGGGGGCCCUUCUGCCUAAAACUUUAGAGUGGUCCUCUGAUCAAUGUAUCACCUUGGAUUUUCCAUUUGAAGCACUUAAGUACAAGCUUUUUUAUGUAUGUGUGCCAACAACCAGUUCAACUCCUUCUGGGUUUUUGUUUUGUUUUUAUAUUCUUCCCCAGUAGCCAACUUUUUGCUCUUGUGUUUGUUUGUUUUUAAAGAGGCCAAAAUCAUGUAUUUAUACUGAAGUGAAACUCUCCAUUAAAGAGUCCUAAGAACCAA